CGUUUAUAAACCAUAGCUACAACCAGAAUACAGUCUAAAACCAUAUAGGUUGAAUUAUAAGACAAAAGUAUCCAAAAAGAAGAAAGACAACUAUUUGUUUCCUAGGAAAGUGUUAGAAAACAUGUCCACCACCACUGAGAUACCAAUUCUCUCUAGGAUCGACCGUUUAGAUUACAUGUUGAAACAGUUAGAGGAAAUUAGAGGGUACAAUCGAUCUCCAAAGAGCUCGUGUGCAUCCACACCAACAAGUGGAAGUGAUGGACGCGUCUCAUCCGUUGAUUUCUCUCCGAAGAGUAUGGAGAAGCACUGCCGUCCGAUCGACACGGUGAUGUCGGAGACCGAAGUGAAAGGAACGUUGAUAGAGAGGCUCAAUCAAGUGGAGGAUCGGAUGCUAAAGCUAGAAGAAGAUUGGAUUGCGGAGAGGAGAAAAGAAGAAGAGAAGAAAAUGGUUAGGGGGAGAAAAAAGGGUUUGAAACAACUUGUGAAGCAGUGUGUGAUCAAGUCAAGAAGAGAACAUGAUAAUGAUAACGAGUGAUUAAGAAGGUUGAGUUUAGGAAUUGUAUGCGAGUUAUAUAUUGUUUAGUUAAGGUAGUUGAAUUAACAAAAGUGUCAUGAAUGUGGAUUUUGGUUUGGUUUGGUUUUCAUUUAUACUAUUAUUUAUGAGUAAUUAAGUCGUGUAUUUAUUACUACUGUGGACUAUUUCUAUGAUAAAUCACUAUCAUUGUUUAA